AUGACCAGAAGUCAGAGGGCAGAUGGGACUAGUGAGGACCACGAGCUAGAUCGUGAUGAGGCAUCGGUAAAUACUGAUAGCGCACAUGUGCGUGCUGUAGAAAGCGCCGAUCCAGCUGUACAAGUUCGUGUAAAGGAGCUGGAAAUAGAAGCGCUAAAGCUCCAAAUCGAGCUGCAAAAAUUGAAGCUUCAAUCGCACGCGAGCAAUGAAGUGGGGCGGAGCGACAGGUGCGGUUUGGCGCGGUAUGCGGAUCAGUUGCGAGCAGUUCUUCCGCCAAUGCCAGUUUCCGAUGAGCUGGUGCCGGCGUGGUUCCGGAGCGCUGAAAACAUGCUGAGAAGCUGCGAGAUCCCUGACGAGGUACAAGGCGCUAUCAUUGUGCCGUUCUUGAACGAAAAUAGCCGCACAUUGGUGGCGAAUCGGGCAGAUGACCGAGUGCUUUCGUACCACGAGGUUCGCGACCUUAUCCUGCAUGAAUUAAAGCUCACCCCUGAGGAGUACAAGCGCCGCCUCUAUGCCUGCCGGAAGGGAGAUGAGACGUGGGGGCAGUUCGCCACUAGGCUCGAGAUUUUGCUUGAUUAUUAUCUCCGUAGUAGAGAGGUCAGUAAUGUUCAGGAGCUGCGGGCAUUGAUCAUUUCAGACCGGGUCAAGCAGCUGAUGCGCGAAGACAUGCGCACAUACGUGCUACAACACGAGACGGCGGAAUGGCUUAGACCUCAUGAACUGGUGAAACUGGCGCAGAAAUAUGACGAGAGCACGAGUAAUCGAAAGUCAGGUAAAACAGCCAACGGUAGUUCGAAGAAUGGUGAAAGGUUCGAUCGCCGCACGUCAGACAGGCUAUCGCAGGGAACCGAAAGAACGGGUGUCCGAUGCUAUGCAUGUGGCGAGAGCGGACACUAUCGGUGGCAAUGUUCGCAAACGACACCUCCACCCGCGGAACAGGGACAAGACCGUUUCCCUAGGGAGAGACUCGCCGCGAGGGAUGAGUGUCAAGGAUGCGACAACUGCGCCAUCACAACUGAGGAGAUGACGGAUGAGGCUCUGGCAGAAACUGUCCGAGACCGCAGUGACGACAACGGACCUUGGGAGGACGACUCGGCACGCGCUUUGGCCUCCGCGAAGGAGGUGCUGCACGCCAUCGAACUUUUGCGCUGCGCCACGGGCUCGCUGGACGAUCACGGAGCAGCAUUGUGUUCAUUGAUGUCGUACGAACGGAAAUGUCGCACAUGCUUCAACAAUAUACAGUAG